CGACGGCGUCGAAGCGCGGAGAUAUGGACUUGGCAGCUUUUCCUGAAAAGGCAACACAGGAUGGCGUGGGCUCGUCGCUGUUUUCAACGAACGCUUUUAAAACUUUUCAGCCAUGGCGGGACUACAUGGGAUUAUCGCACGCCAUCCAGGAUAUUUUGGGUCUGAAACCUGCCGCGGAGCCACCGGGGAGCGUGGACGAUGUGUGCGCCGCCUUGGGCAGCUGGCGCAUUGACACGUCCGAUCCGUCUGGAGGAGUUUCGCCAAGUCCUCCCGCGCGCGUUCCCAACUGCGAGCCACCAAUCACUCGUCGAGCAAGGCCAGCCGCCAGUGACGUCAACGGGGUGUCGGUUCCGAGACGCCGGCGAGGAUCGAAGAACCGCAGGAGCAGAAUUUGUCGCGACGGAGGAGACUCAAAGGCGCCACCCUCCGCGCGCAUGAUGUGCAGUUUCUGCAAACACAACGGAGAAUCUCCGCAGGUCUACAGUUCCCACUGGCUCAAGAACCGAAGCGGGGAGAUUGUGUGUCCCUACCUGCGCAAAUACGUGUGUCCGCUGUGUGGCGCUUCCGGUGCCAGGGCGCACACCAAGCGCUUCUGCCCCGAAGUGGACCCUGCCUACAGUUCUAUCUACGUCAAGGGCGCGUGAAAGUCCUACUCUGGGUCAAGUUUGUUCAUACGUUUCAGGGUUUUGUGUGUGUUCGUUUGGAGAGAGACACAUGCGUUUAUUUUAAAGACUUGGAAAACCAUGUCCAUACACCGUACCUGUACAAACAUGAUCAAGGAAAGAUUUUACUGACCUCAUUUAAACAUUUUAGAAGACCGGAAAUAAUGCCUUUGAAGUGAGCAUGUCGUUUGAUGUGUUUUUUUUAUUUGUUAUAUUUGCAUGAUGCUUUAAUAACGUCUGUGUGGGAUGGAAGUGAAUAAUACACU